CCUUCCUUCGAGAGCCGCGAGCCCAGAAGCGGGGUGAAGUUGGAGAGGUCGGGCAGGAGAGGGUUGGAAGAAAUUGAGGACAGACCUCCCCCGCCGAUCGGCUGAACCCCCAAAGAGCGUCUCUGCCGCGUCCGGGCCGAGUGUGAACGCGCCGCGCGCGGCCCCGCCAGGGCUGGGAGUUUGCAGACCGUCCCUGCCGAGGCCCGCUCGGCGGCGGCCCUGCGGCUCCCGCGGCAGCCCCGGGCGGCCCCGGGCGCGUUCGAGCCCAGGUUGCCGCGCCUCAGGCUCAGGGCGCCGCGACCCCUUCCCCGCCGCCCUGGGCCCCGCGGGGACGGCGGCUGGCGGGCGGUCCCGGCUGCUGCUGUUGCUGCUGCUGCUGCCGCUGCCCAACAAGGAGGAGUGAUUACUGUUCUAAAGUGGACAUUGGAGGAGGAUGCAUUAGGCCGUCAGAAUGGAAGUGAAGUCGACUCACGCAGGAGCCGGAGUGAAACCCACGAACCCACAAACCCAGCCUACACCAUGAACUCGUGUCUCCCUUCUCUGCUGUAAGAGCCAAGGGCGGGUGAAGUUGCUGGAGAGCAAUGGCUCUCUUCCCUCUGUGGAAGUUGUCUUCUCAGAAGCUGGGCUUUUUCCUCGUGACUUUUGGCUUUAUUUGGGGUAUGAUGCUCCUGCAUUUUACCAUCCAGCAGCGAACUCAGCCUGAAAGCAGCUCCAUGCUGCGCGAGCAGAUCCUGGACCUCAGCAAGAGGUACAUCAAGGCGCUAGCUGAAGAAAACAGGAAUGUGGUGGAUGGACCGUACGCUGGUGUCAUGACAGCUUACGAUCUGAAGAAAACGCUUGCUGUGUUGUUGGAUAAUAUUUUACAGCGCAUUGGCAAGUUGGAGUCGAAGGUGGACAAUCUUGUAAUCAAUGGCACAGGAACAAACUCGACCAACUCCACCACAGCUGUUCCCAGCUUGGUAGCACUUGAGAAGAUUAACGUGGCAGAUAUCAUUAAUGGAGCUCAAGAAAAAUGUGUAUUGCCUCCUAUGGAUGGCUACCCCCACUGCGAGGGGAAAAUCAAGUGGAUGAAAGAUAUGUGGCGCUCGGAUCCCUGCUACGCAGAAUACGGAGUGGAUGGGUCCACCUGCUCUUUUUUUAUUUACCUCAGUGAGGUUGAAAAUUGGUGUCCUCAUUUACCUUGGAGAGCAAAAAAUCCCGUCGAAGAAGCUGAUUACUAUUCAGUGGCGAAAAUUCGUAAGGAUUUUAAUCUUCUCUACAGUAUGAUGAAAAAGCAUGAAGAAUUCCGGUGGAUGAGACUGCGGAUCCGGCGAAUGGCUGAUGCCUGGAUCCAAGCAAUCAAGUCCCUGGCAGGGAAGCAGAAUCUUGCGACGAGAAAGCGGAAAAAAGUCCUUGUGCACCUGGGACUCCUGACGAAGGAAUCUGGAUUUAAGAUUGCAGAGACAGCUUUCAGCGGUGGCCCUCUUGGUGAAUUAGUUCAGUGGAGUGAUUUAAUUACAUCUCUGUACUUACUGGGCCAUGACAUUAGGAUUUCAGCUUCACUGGCUGAGCUCAAGGAAAUAAUGAAGAAGGUUGUGGGAAACCGAUCUGGCUGCCCAACUGUAGGAGACAGAAUUGUUGAGCUCAUUUAUAUUGAUAUUGUGGGACUCGCUCAAUUCAAGAAAACUCUGGGACCAUCCUGGGUUCAUUACCAGUGCAUGCUCCGAGUUCUGGACUCAUUUGGAACCGAGCCAGAGUUUAACCAUGCUAACUACGCCCAGUCUAAAGGCCACAAGACCCCAUGGGGAAAGUGGAAUCUGAACCCACAGCAGUUUUAUACCAUGUUCCCUCAUACCCCAGACAACAGCUUUCUGGGGUUUGUGGUGGAGCAGCACCUGAACUCCAGCGACAUCCACCACAUUAACGAAAUCAAAAGGCAGAACCAGUCCCUUGUGUAUGGCAAAGUGGAUAGCUUCUGGAAGAAUAAGAAGAUGUACUUGGACAUUAUUCACACGUACAUGGAGGUGCAUGCGACUGUUUACGGCUCCAGCACCAAGAAUAUUCCCAGUUACGUGAAAAACCAUGGUAUCCUCAGCGGACGGGACCUGCAGUUUCUUCUCCGAGAAACCAAGUUGUUUGCUGGACUUGGGUUCCCUUACGAGGGCCCGGCUCCCCUGGAGGCCAUCGCCAAUGGAUGUGCUUUUCUGAAUCCCAAGUUCAACCCACCCAAAAGCAGCAAAAACACGGACUUCUUCAUUGGCAAGCCAACUCUAAGAGAGCUGACAUCCCAGCAUCCAUACGCUGAAGUUUUCAUCGGCCGGCCACACGUUUGGACUGUCGACCUCAGCAAUCAGGAGGAAGUAGAGGAUGCGGUGAAAGCAAUUUUAAGUCAGAAGAUUGAGCCGUACAUGCCAUAUGAAUUCACAUGUGAGGGGAUGUUGCAGAGAAUCAAUGCUUUCAUUGAAAAACAGGACUUCUGCCACGGGCAGGUGAUGUGGCCGCCCCUCAGUGCCCUGCAGGUGAAGUUUGCUGAGCCAGGCCAGUCCUGCAAGCAGGUGUGCCAGGAGAACCAGCUCAUCUGUGAGCCAUCUUUCUUCCAGCACCUCAACAAGGACAAGGACAUGCUAAAGUACGAGGUGAUCUGCCAAAGCUCAGAGCUGGCCAAGGACAUCCUGGUGCCCUCCUUCGACCCCAAGAACAAGCACUGUGUGUUUCAAGGUGACCUCUUGCUGUUCAGCUGUGCCGGCGCCCACCCCAGGCACCACAGGAUCUGCCCCUGCCGGGACUUCAUCAAGGGCCAGGUGGCUCUCUGUAAAGACUGUCUAUAGCGGCCACUGGCUUAGCCCGCACACACUCUGCUGGGGAAGAUGGUGGCUCCGUCUGGCCACUGGGGGCAGACGUCAUUCAGGAACUCUCGCCAGAGCCUGGACUUCUUCAUGGAAGAUUUUGACUUGAUAUUGCUCCUCCCAUUAAUGGAGCCUCCCAGUAGGGUUCUCACCAAAAUGAGAACCAAAAUGGCUCCCGUCUAGAGCAGCUGUCAGGCCCCAGCCAGGAGCCUGGCUUCUCCCUGGCACAAUUUUGUUUUUCUUAUUUGAGGAGCAACUGUAGGGAGACUGUCAGUGCAGCUGCUCCAGGGUAGAAAGAGAGUCUAAAGGUUCAUUUAAAACAAAACAAAACAAAACCAGAGGAGGACUUGAGCUGGUUGGAAGGAACUUUGUGUGGGAACAUUCCUAAACCCAUUAACUUAUUUAUUUGGGAGGGAGGGCGGGGAACCUGGGAGGGCAGAGAGGGACUGAUCACACGUCUUGCUACUUCUUUGAUUUUUCCACUGUUGACCACCCACCUUCACUAUAUUAUUAUUCCUGUCUGCUUCGGAUGGGGUGCGCUCUGGGGAUGGUGGCCGCUUGAGGCAGCUGUGGAUCCUCGAAGUGGAUGGUGGCAGAACGAAAGAAAAUCUUGUGUGUGUGCUUGACACAUGGCAGCUAGGGGACAGGCCUGUGUUGUCCAGAGAGCCCGGCCGGGGACCAAAGACAGGACUGCUUUGCAGUGAAAGGCUUCUUUUCUCUGUGUCCCCUCCCCCUACACACACACCCUGGCCCUAAUUUCUGGUUGGGAUCCUUUUAGGAACAAAAUACAAGAGUAGGGAAUUGACAUUUGCUAGUCUAGUAAAUUCACCCUUCCUCACAUGCCACCGGGAGGAGAAAGGUAGAAAUUUGAGACUAAAAGAGCCACUCUUGGAGGUCAUGCUCUUUACCCGCUAAGAGUCUUUGAGCAAAGAUUUGGACAGGGGUGAAGCUGGCCCCUAAGAACUGGUGGCACCAUCAAAGCUGGGCUCCAGAUAGGUGGGUUUGUGUUCUAUUCUCUCUAAUGUCUGGUAUCACCCAAGUCCAGGGAAUGGGGCUGUUGGUGAACUUGAUGUUGGCGGGGUGGGGAGCAAGGGCAGGCCAGGAUGAAUGCAGCGUGCUGUCCUGGCCGCUCACCCGUGGUGUGGGUGUGGGUGUGGGUGUGGUUUGCAAGGGGUGGGAAUCUGAUGCUAGAUUUUAUUCCAGGUUGAACCCCCUUCCAAACCCUGGAGUCCCUGUGUACUGCCUUUGUGUGAGCUCUCCACCCCUCUGCUUCAGUGCUCUGGGUGUGUGUGUCUGUGUAUUUCCUGCGAAGCCCUGGCAUCUCAAUGCUGGUAAGAGUGAGCCCUCUUUCCCCUCUUGCAGAAUAUCCCCAUUAUGAGCUGUCCCAUGAUCCACCCAGCCCUCACUGGUGGUUUUGAGUGCCUUGGUUUCCUAGUUCCGUGCUCCACGAGGGUAGCCCUAGCCUCCUAGCACCUUGUGUGCCCUGGGGACAGCUGGGCAAGGCUAAUGGCUGGGUAGACCUUUGGGAAAUGAAGCUAAAGGAAGAAUCCAGAAGGAGCUGGAGCCUUUAGGUACAGGAAGUUAGAGUCAUCCUGCUUCUCCGUUCUUUCCUGGUGCAGAAAUAAUACCAAAUGCACAGCCAGCCUUUCUUUCUUAGACCCUCGGUGGGUCUGAAUUGCACCUCCAAUCCUGGAGAACAGAGGGGGCGGAGGGGAGGGACGGGAGCAGCCAGGGUCUCCUCCACCCCUCAGGUGGCCCCGAGCACCUGUGCCAGGGAGAGUGCUGAUGGGGAGGCCUCUGCCCUGAGCAUCGAUGCAGGGGCCCCUCGUGAACUGACUGAGAACAGUCUCUGCCUGGGCCUAGCAACACGGGCAAAAGUCCAGAGGGAACUUGGUGAUGGAAUGUGAGUGAAUGUGUGUGUGUGUGCUCCCGUGUGUUGUUUUAAGCUUUGUAAGGGCAGUUUCCCGCAGUAGGAGGAGAAACAACUGCCCUCCGUGCUGUUAGGAACCACUUUUCCCUGUGAAUGGGUUUCUUGUCUCCACUCUAGGUUCUGGGAAUUCCUGUGAGCGCCCAGGCCUGCGAUUCCUGGGCCACCGCUGCCCUCUCCUGGGCUCUUCUGGGAGCUUCCAACACCGAGGCUGUCAGUGCAGGCAUUCAGCCAGCAGGGGGAGCCUGCGGGCCAAAACGCACUUCCCUCGCUGGGCUAGAUUAACCCAUUUCAAAAAGAGCUGUUUAAAAAGCACAGGGACUGAAAAACCAAGGAAGCUGGAGAACAAUGUCUUGUGGAAAGACGCUGUGCCUGCCUUGUGUCCCAGAAGCUGCAGGGGCCGUUCGCUGGCUGUCCCUGAGCCUCGCUCCCUUCCCAUUCCUCUUCUCCAGGUCAGGCCGCCUAGCAGAGCACUUUCCCCACCUGAAGAUCCCGCUGGCUUCCCCUAGUCCCGUACUAGAAGGAAGGAGGCUGGAAUGCCACUGGUGGGGCUUCUGCUCUCAUGCAAACGAACCCACACUCCAGUUGUUGAGGGCAUUAUGAAUAGAAGCGGUGACACCCAAAUAUAUCCUGGCUCCCAGGCCUCUACAGACUUGGCCAACUCUGGUCAUUGGCCCACGAGAGGACAUUGGGGGAGGGGGCAUGUUCCUGCCUGCCCUGGGAGAGGGAGGCACCUCUCAGAGUGAGGGCUGGGAGCCCUUGCUGGCCUUGCUAGGGCCCCUCCUAAUAGAAACCUAAACCAAUUUGUAAUUGAGGACAGUUCCACAGGGAGAGAAAUCCUAAGUCAGCAUCAGCGUCUUCCUGUGCUACGAGCAUAUCUUGCCUCGUCUGUAAGUUUCUGUACAUUUUUUUCCUAAGUGAAAUUUGGCUCCCCCAUCCCCACCCUACAGUGUGAUCUUAAGUUCUUAAAAAACUUGAGGGAAGACAUUUAUCUAAUUUAUUAAAAGAGAGAGCUUUCCUUGAAACAUAAACGCUUUCAGGAGCAAACUCCUGAAAGAGGAAACACACUUCUUUUAAUGCCAGCGAACACCUCGCUUAUUUCCUGCAUGUCAUUUGGUUUGCACAUGUAUAAAUGGGGAGAGGCUUUUUGCAUUUUUGCCUAGAUUGGGUUUUUGUCACUGCUUAUAGUUUGCUUUUUUUGUGUUUGCUUGGAAAUAUUGAGUGUUUCUCAGAUGCUGUUUAUUGUUUCUCUGCCGUGCCUUUUCACUUUUCUUUGGGAUUGGUUUUUGGAAUCUGGGUGCUGUUGAAGGAAGAGAGCAGACUCCUCCAGCUUGGAGGUAGGACGUGUCCUCUGUCACUGCAGACGCUUAGGCUGGACGCCAGAAACGCCCUCCAAGACCCCUAGGACACAGCAUACAUGCACAUACACCCCCACGAAUCCGUGAGAACCCCAAGGUUCUCCCUCUAGACCAGCCCAGGCCCUCUCAGGCUGCUUGUCCACAUCUCUGGGGCUGUCUGGGGAAUGCUGGUUGCCAGUGGGCCUGUGUUCCCUGCCACGCGGGCACUAGGUGAUGUGUGGCCGCAGCAGAAGAGCAGCCGCAUCUGAGGGGUUGCCCUGAAAGGAAGCAGGCCCCACUGGGCUCAUUAGUAGCAGUGGUCCCAAAACACUUUAUCUAGUUAACAUAAAGGAGACAGAGUAAGCACCCCAUUUUUUUCUGUUUCCUUGGCCAACGCAGGGUGUAAUACAGGUGACAACUUAGCUUCCCUUUGGGAGUAGAGCCCCAGUGCAACUCACUGGUCAUGGAGGCAUAAAUUUGACAGGUUGAGUUGAAACUGUGCUGUUUCUAGGUUGGUUCGUGCUUUUUAGACCAGACCAAGGCAGGCCACCCCAUUUCUCCAAGGUGGUUCACCUAGGUUGUGUAUAUAACUGGGACAUUGCCGUCCUCUCCCACGCCCCCAGAAUUCUUGAUUUUAAGGAAAGAGAGUCUAUUUUGUUAACGACAGGCUCUGUUGUAUCUGUUACUAUUCCAGGCCUGGACUGUUUUAUUUAUUUAAAAAUAUUUUAAUUUCCACAUUGGCUUCAUUCUAAUCCCGUCCAUCCCCAUAGGGCUACAGAGCACCUUCAAGUGAAGAGAUGGAUGGACAUAGAUUCAGACUUCUUUAGGAAGGUAUUUCCUAAAGCUGAGAGUGAGUUCCUUUCAUUCUUGUUGGCUUCAACAAAAAGUAGAAAACCAAGUUUUUAUAGCAAAAGGCCAAAUUAGCUGUAUAGUCUCGGAUGCAGAAAAGAAUUACCCUAGCUUCCUUAGCCCUUAGGGUUUUUGUGAGGAUUCAGUGUUUAGCAGUGUCUGGCAUAUAGUAAGCCCUAGUAAAUGUUAAAUAUUGUUAGCAUUUCAUAAAAUUUGAGAAAUAAAGAGCUGAGCUCCCUCCCUAUCUGUUGAUUCAAAAGUAAUCCCUACAUGAAAAUAUUACUCCAAAUUGACAGAGUGUUGUAGGAAUGACUGGUUUAGGAUGUCCAAGUCUCACGCCCGCCCUGCUGGUUGGAAUAUUACCAUCUCCCUGAUACACUGGCUGAUUUGAAAAUAUGCCUGACCUCAGCCCCCGAUGAAACUAGGCUGCAAGAAUUUAUAAACUAGAGAUGACAAGGGUGACCUUUGGCCACAUACUGGAUCUCACCCCACUGAUGUCUUCUGGACCACUCUAGGGGUUUUCUUUGCAGAACUUUUUGAGCUAGAAAUAAUAAAAUGAGUUUUCUCACAGACCAUACCCCCAAAGUCAAAGUUAACUAUAUUCCUCUGAAAUGCAGCAAUAGUGACUUUUCUGUUUUUUUAUUUAAGGGGAAAAGAAUGACCAAUGAACUUACUCAAUCUGUUCUGUCCCCUGGUGGCCUGGGCGGCCCCUCCACAGUCCGAGCCACAAGGGUCAGACUCCUGGGCUGGUUGGCUGUCACAUGUUUCUAUCAAAUGAGAACUUAAUUCCAUACCCGCCCCGGGGGUGGGGGUCAUCUUUAGAACCACUCCCAGAGGCUGCUAGUCAUUUAAUGAUGUUUCCCCAAAUCUCCUAAAUAGCGGUUUGCUUCUGUUUUAUUGGAGUGUCAAAGUUUUAUCUCCUCUCCUGUUUGGCCCCAUUCUGGACAGACUGCAGUGGUGGAAUAUGGAGGACUUUGCUGGAGUCCUGUCUUUUGAAGAUCCUUUGGAUUCUCUGAGGCUGAAUCAGCAGUCUAUACUUCUGUGGAUGUAACAUUAGAGUUUACCUUCUUCCAAGCAUCACUCCCUCUAUCCCAGAUUUUGUGAGGCCUUAACAUUAUCUCCCCCCACUCCCCGCCCCCUGCAGCUGAUGAGGCCUGGCAGAGGGACGAAAGGGGAGCCAUGUGCUCACACAGCAGGCAGGCCCCUGUCUGGGGGGGCCAGUAGCAGUGGGUGUUCAGAGAGCAUUUGCAGCGCUGGGGUCUAAAAUCCUCGCUGGGCCAGCAGGACAGGAACUUAGCGCAGUCUUCCACCUCCACCAAAGCUGAGAUGGAGCAAACUUGGGAAGCAUUUUGCUCCCUGUCGUGCCCAAGUAUUAACAGGACCAUACGGAACAAUCGAUGCCAAAGGAGAUGGUAACGUCCUCUGUACUGUAGUUGCUGUCACAACCUUGAUGUCUUUCUUUAAGCUAAUGGCCGUUUACGUCUGUGUCUUCAACCAGCUUCUGGUACAACCAUUUUUCUACUGUUCGCUUCUGGGGUUAAGUAGUGCAGGAUUCUGCAGAUGAGGUGUCGCUGUCCAAAUGUACUGUACCGGUAUAGAAGAACACAGCUUUGUUUUCCAAUGUUGUAGAGAAAACUAGGGAGAACUUUAUUUUUCAAUAAACUUUUCUU